AUACCUGGCAAUCAAUCUCUGCUAAAAAUGGCGACCAGUGUAAACAACGCCGGUGGUGACAAAGUAUUUCAGGGCCAAGUACGCGAGGAGUUCAGUGAAGUAGAUGAAGUUCAUAAGCUGAUUGAUUCAUUGAAAGAUGUAUAUAAAGACAAUAUUGCGACUGAACUUGUGGUGGAGCGGUUUACAUUCAUUGUUGACCAUUACCAGGAACAACCACACCUUAUGGAUCCUCAUCUACAGGAGAUGCUGACUCAUCUUCUAAAAAUAGCAUCUGACACUCAAGGUGAUCCUGAGCUAUCUCACCUGGCUUUUAAGUUGUUGUAUCUGUUAACUAAGGCAAGAGGUUACAAGGUCAUAGUUCGUUUCCUGCCACAUGAAGUACCUGACCUGGAGCUUGUGCUUGCCAUUUUAGCAAAGCAGGACGUCAAAGACUUUAAAACAUGGGAGACGCGAUACAUGCUGCUUCUGUGGCUCUCCAUUGUGUGUAUGAUUCCUUUUGACAUGCAUCGUCUUGACAGCAAUGUAGUGGCAGAGGAUGGCCAGAAGAGGGCGCCAAUCAUGCUGAGAAUUUUAGAUGCUGGCAAGCUGUAUUUGGAUGUCAGUGAUAAGUCAAGGGAUGCAGCUGCUUAUAUGCUCUCAAAGUUUGUUACCAGACCAGAUGUAAGAAAAGAGCAGCUACCAGUCUUCAUUGAUUGGUGUCUGACCAUCUUGACCAAGACAGACAGUAGAUCUAUACCGGGAAUGACUGCAAUCUCUGGAAUUCUGAGUAGUUUGGCUCUACUUCUCAAACAUGGAAAGAGAGACGACUUGAUCCCAUUUGCCCCAGCAAUCUUGGAACGUUUAAAUUCAUGUAAGCUCUUUGAAAGCUUCAACAACGCCAUCCGCAAGAUGGCCAUGAAAGUGGUACAACGACUCGGCCUUACAUUCAUGAAAGCUAAAGUUGCUAGUUGGCGUUAUGCCCGAGGCAGUCGCUCACUCCUACACAACCUCCAAACUCCAUCAGAACAAGCAUCCUCCAUCGUUGCCUCGUCUAAGGACAUAAAAGUGGAAGAGGAGGAAGAUUAUGAUAUACCAGAGGAGAUUGAGGAGAUAAUAGAGCAUUUACUAUCAGGUUUAAAGGACUUUAACACUGCAGUCAGAUGGUCAGCUGCCAAAGGAAUUGGACGAUUGACUGGAAGGCUUCCCCAAGAGUUGGCAGAUGAGGUUGUAGAGUCUGUGCUUCAGUUGUUUACUUUGCGAGAGAGUGAUGGAGCGUGGCAAGGUGGUUGCCUGUCUCUGGCUGAACUUGGUCGGCGAGGCUUGCUGUUGCCUAGCCGUCUACCUGAUGUUGUUCCAGUGGUUUUGAAGGCCUUGGCUUAUGAUGAGAAGAGAGGUGCUCAUAGUGUAGGCACUCACGUACGUGAUGCUGCAUGUUACGUCUGCUGGUCAUUUGCUCGAGCCUAUGACCCAAAUGACAUUCAGCCUUACGUCAACAGUAUUGCAAGUGCCCUUAUCGUCACAGCGAUAUUUGACCGUGAGGUCAACUGCAGAUAUGCUGCUUCAGCCGCAUUUCAGGAGAAUGUUGGACGUCAAGGCACCUUUCCUCACGGUAUUGAUAUUUUGAGUAUAGCAGAUUAUUAUGCUGUUGGUAAUCGUACAAACACAUACCUCAGUAUCAGUUAUACCAUUGCACAGUUUGAAGAGUACACAAUUCCAUUGAUAGAGCACCUCUACAAGGUCAAAAGUAACCAUUGGGACAGUAACAUACGUGAAUUGACUGGUCAGGCCCUACAUAAACUAACGCCAUUAGCACCUGAGUACAUGGCCAAGACUGUGAUUCCAUAUCUACUUCCUUUAACGACAUCCAUUGAUCUCAACACACGGCAUGGUGCCGUGUAUGCACUUGCCGAGGUUCUCCAUGCUGUGUAUGAACAUACAAAGGCUAAUUCCAGGAAAUUGGUGGAUCUUGUAGAUGUCAGCGUGUUUGAAUCAAUUAAAGGAAUAACAAAGAAGAUGGAUGCUGCGAUGAUGUUCCGCGGUAUAAGUGGUGAAUUCAUGAGACCUGCUGCCUGUUUCCUAAUCAGAAAAUCAUCAAUGUCACAGCUACCAUUUCACGAUGACUCCGAAUUUCUAAAGCAUUGGCAUGAGGUCUUAGAAGACAACAUCCAGUGUCUACAGAUUUGGAAUCGUCAGAUACAGGUGGCUGCAGUUUCUGCUCUGCCCCACUUCCUCAACGAGUAUUUCAAGACAGCUAAACAGGAAUUCAUUGAUACACUGCUUGAUAGGUACAUAUCAGAGUUGUCAAAUGUUAGUCAGUUUGCUAAGGAAGGCUUUGCUAUGGCUCUUGGCGCUCUACCACACUUUAUUGUUGAUGGCCAUUUCCAGCAGAUUUUAUUAGCGUUGAUCAAGACAACUAAACUGAGUGGUAAACAACAGGAUGAUGGAAAAUAUGCAGAUUCAAGAAUUGAAGCAUUGGCAUCCAUUGCAAGAUUAUGUUCAACAGUGGGGGUUAAUCCAUCAGGUAGCACAGCCAACAGCGUCUGUCUGGAGAAUGUGGACUUGAUCUAUAACACUUUUCUGGAAGCCAUGAAAGAUUAUACUACAGAUAACCGUGGCGAUAUAGGUGCUCUUGUGAGAGAAUCGAGUAUGAACAGCCUAGAAAAGGUCACAUGUCAAAUUGUGAGGUCACAUCCUGCAAUGUUCAGUCCACCAAACUGUGAGAAAAUGAUGUGUUGUCUGGUGCAGCAGUCUUGUGAGAAGAUUGAUAGAAUUAGAAAAGUUGCCGGGCAAAUAUUUUUACGUCUUGUUUAUUCCGAGGAGCCCUCCAUACCUGAUAUCCCACACCAUCAGGAAAUCAUGGAAGUCUUCCCAAAGUCUGAUGUUAAUGAGUUGAACUGGGCAGCACCUUCAGAUGCUUUCCCAAAAGUUACACGCUUACUGAACCUACCCAAGUACAGGUACUCAAUCAUCUUGGGACUGACUGUCAGUGUUGGAGGCCUAACAGAAUCACUUGUAAAAUAUUCAAGUCAGUCCCUUACUGGUUUCUUGACAAGUCUGAAGAAUGAGGAGGACUUAAGCACCUUCAGUGAUACAAUGCUGGCAGUGUUCAAAGACUACCAAAAAGUGGACAGAGUUUCAGUUCCAAUGUUAAAAAUGAUUGAUAUUCUGUUGACACAUGGUUGUUUUAAUGGCAUGGAAGGCAAACAAAAUUCAUUCUCACUAGCUUUACUAGAAGUGUGCAAGAAAGAGAUAUUAAAAACUAAAGACAUCCAAAAAAUGCUGUGCAGUGUAGAUGUGUUUUGUGACUUACUCCUAUUCAAAGGUGAGACUCAAUCUAAAGCAUUCUCACAAAUUCUCAUCUUUUUGGGUCACAAGUAUCCAAUGAUCCGAAAAUCAACGGCAAAUAAGCUUUAUGAGACAUUAUUGAUGUUUGAUGAUUUGACUCCAGAAGAAAAUCAAGAAGAGAUAUUAACAAUUCUGGGUGAUACCAUGUGGGAUGAUGAAAAUAUGGACAAUAUACGUGAAAUUAGAAACAAACUUUGUGAUCUAGUUGGAGUUUCAAGACCUAAACUGGUGGGUGGUGUAAAGAAAGCUGCUGUUGCUAAGGGUAAUGAUGAUGAUAUGGACACAUAUAAAGAUCUUCUUGGCAGAGUUGGAUACUAGAUGAUGUUUUGUGUUACUGGAUUCAAUUUAAAAAACAAAUAUCUUGCUAUUAUACUGUACUUUUGAAAUCUAUUUGCAAUGUUCAAUCAUUACUAGACAUUUAAACGUGGUUGGCGCAACAGUUGUAGUUGUAGUUGUUGUUGUUGUGUAGUUGGCCUGUACAAGUUUGAUCUUCAUAUUGUUAAAUGGAUAAUCCAUAAUUUCAAAGUGUAUACAAAUUGCAGCAUUGCGCCGUCUGACAAACACUAAAUAAAGAAAUACGGACACUCCGGCCUGUACGAGUGUGAUCUUCAUAUCAUUAAAUUGAUAAUUUCCUAGUUUUCACUUGUUUUCAGUUUUCAUAUCUUAAAAGUGAUAUAGAAUUCUGUAUAAUACUUGUUGGUGGUGAUUUAAAGUGAUUUGUGAAUCGGAAUAAUAUUUGGCAGACCUUAAUAAUAAUAAUAAUAAUAGAAAUAAUAACUUUAUUUAAAGCAAUGAUGUGAUGCAUUUCAUUGUUCUUCAUUUUCAUCUUUCAAGUCAAGAUAAUAUUAAUGAAAUCAUGAUAAAAAUGAUUUGCCUGUAUAUAUCAUUUCCAUAAUUGCAAAGUGAUAUACAAAUUUUAAAAAUAAGUGGACAGGCUUUAAUAGUGGUUUUUUUUUUUAUUAUUUCCAUAUAUCUUUUAAGUGAUAUGUAAAUUAAAAUAAAAAUGUGGGUGGUGCUUGAAUGUAUUUGCUUCACAUUUGUUCAAAUGAGUUUGAUUAUUAAAUGUGGAGAAGAUGGAGUUGGAUACUAGAUGAUGUUUUGUGUUACUGGAUUCAAUUUAAAAAACAAAUAUCUUGCUAUAUACUGUACUUUUGAAAUCUAUUUGCAAUGUUCAAUCAUUACUAGACAUUUAAAUGUGGUUGGCGCAACAGUUGUAGUUGUAGUUGUUGUUGUUGUUGUGUAGUUGGCCUGUACAAGUUUGAUCAUCUUCAUGUCGUUAAAUCUAUAAUGUGAGCAGAGCUUUCUAGUUUUCACUUGUUUCCAGUUUUCAUAUCUUUAAAGUGAAAUGGAAUUCUGAAUAAUACAUGUGGGUGGUGAUUUAAAAUGAUUUGUAAAUCAUUUGGCAGACCUUAAUAAUAAUAAUAAUAAUAAUAGUAGAAAUAAUAAUAACUUUAUUUAAAGUAAUGAUAUAAUGCAUUUCAUUGUUCUUCAUUGUCAUCUUUCAAGUCAAGAUAAUAAUGAAAUCAUGAUAAAAAUGAUUUGCCUGUAUAUAUUAUUUCCAUAAUUGCAAAGUGAUAUACAAAUUUUAAAAAUAAGUGGACAGGCUUUAAUAGUGGUUUUUCUUUUUAUUAUUUCCAUAUAUCUUUUAAAUGAUAUGUAAAUUAAAAUAAAAAUGUGGGCGGUGCUUGAAUGUAUUGGCUUCACAUUUGUUCAAAUGAGUUUGAUUAUUAAAUGUGGAGAAGAUGGAGUUGGAUACAAGAUGAUGUUUUGUGUUACUGGAUUCAAUUUAAAAAACAAAUAUCUUGCUAUUAUAUUGUACUUUUGAAAUCUAUUUGCAAUGUUCAAUCAUUACUAGACAUUUAAACGUGGUUGGCGCAACA